AAAUCAGCAGAUAUUAACUCACAAAAAUUUUCAAAGGGUAUCAAAGUUAGGUACAGAUUACUGAAUGAUAAAACUUUCACUGAAACUAAAAUGGUGACAGGAACACUUAAGCCAGAGUUGAAACACUCCAGGUUAGCAUGUCAUUUGUGUAACAUGUUAACAGUUUUUAUGUGUAUAAGGUUGUCUGACCAAACUGUGCACCUCUUUUAAUUAUUUUCAUCCAUUAAUCACAUUAAACUGUAGCCGUGUGUUGAUGUGGCUUAUUACAGUUUAAAUACACAAACAAUGAAAUAGAGGACUAAGAACUAUAGCUUUUAUUCUUGAGGUACAAGCCAUUGAACAGACAGAAGUAUCCAUUACACACAUUCCAAGUAUCAGUUCACCCCACAUGGGUUAAAUCCCCUGCCUUAUAUAGCACACUGUCACAGACCCACGUCACAAGCUGAUCAGGGGUCAACCCCGGGGCAGGAAUGGUCAUUCCGGAGUAUAAAUAACCAAAAAUAAAGUUUAAGGCCCAGCACACAGCUGUGUGUUACUUUAAAUGACCAUGGAUGUGUAUGUGCUUGAGGUUACCCACAGCAGUCACACUAUGUGAGUGGAUUAUCUUAAAGAAUACUGCCACAUAUAUAAUUUUACAUAAAUGCAGUUACAAAUAGUGGCACAUUGCCAUAUCACAAAAUAAAAAGAAAAUAGCACAGUCAAAAAAAUUAUUUGUAUGUGGCUCAUUUGAUUGCAGGGUAUCUAUUUAAACUGAUUAAUACAAAAUUUAAAAUAAUUCAUAGAUUACAUUUGUUUAACGUAAGAUCUGAUUUUUUUAUUCCUUUUUUUCAAAUUCAUAUUUUAUAAAAUAAUGUCCAAAGUUUGUUUGAGGGCUCAUUUCAUCUUCAUGGAUUUGCUUUUCUGCAUGACUCUAUAUCAUAGUUCAUACAGUAUGGUAUACCCACGUAAGUUGAAACAAAAUUAUAUUGUUACCCAUUCCUUAUUCAACAUUCAAAUAUUUCUCACGAAAUUAUUACAGGAUUGUGUCAAUUGAUCGCCUUCUGCCUGAACACUUAGAUUUUUUUGAGAGUAACAGUAUUACUUUCCUAGUUUAUGGUAAACAAGAGGACACACCAGGGGAUCCCAAACUGUCAAAAUUAUCCACCAAGGUAUGUAUACUUAAAUUCUCAUUGUACUAAAUUGUACCAAAUAAAUUUUAGAGUGUCAUAUUGAUAGACUAAGCCAUAGGAUGCUCCAUCAUAAUAAACAAAAAGAACAUUCUAUUAUGCACAAAUAGAUUAUCUUCAUUUUACAAGAUAAUUAUUGCACUGGAUCAAACAGUCAAAAAAUAGUAGGGAAAUAACAAGGGCCAGAUAUAUUAUUGAAUUUUUACUUUGGCAUAAUGAAGAACCAUCCAGGAGCUUUAUAUUGUCUGAUUGAAAAUUUUGAAAUAAUGUGAAGAUCUUUGACCACCUCUCAGGAGCUGCGUCAAAUGGAGCAGAUGGGUGCAACAAACUCAGGAGGUCGCAGGAGAUCAGUUUUUCAAACGGAU